AUUCAGACUUGAAUCUUGCAACCCGACUGGGGACGAAAUGAGUUGUUUUCAAGUUUCUCCUCGAGCUGAGAACAAACACAUGAGCGACGAUCAUGAAAGAGGCUAAAGAUCUUCACGUGUCGAUUAUAGGCGGCGGAUUGGUGGGAUCUCUCUGCGCUUGCAUUUUAGGAAAGAAAGGAGUACAAGUGAAACUGUAUGAAUUUAGAGAUGAUAUCCGUCAAAUGGAAGUUGUGCAGGGGCGUAGUAUCAACUUGGCUUUAUCUGUGCGGGGACGGUCAGCUUUGGCGCUGGCAGGUCUGGAGGAAGAGGUGAUCGAUAAGCAUGGUAUUCCUAUGAGGGGUAGGAUGAUUCAUUCCCUGGAUGGCUGGAGAACACCUAUUAAGUACGAUAAAAAAGGGAGGUGUAUCUAUUCUGUUGGAAGAAGAUUUUUAAAUGAAACUCUGUUAAAUGCCGCUGAGAAGUGUUCCAACGUAGAGAUAAAGUUCAACCACAAGUUUUUGGACUGCGAUUUCAAAGCAGGGAAAUUCAAAGUCUUGGGGCCCGAUGGAAAUGUAAAAGAGGAGGACCCUGCAGACCUGUUGAUUGGUUGCGAUGGAGCCUAUUCUGGUGUGCGUCGUCAGAUGCUCAAGCUACCGCGCUUCAAUUAUAGCCAGGAGUACAUCGAGCAUGGUUACCUGGAACUCUGCAUUCCACCCACAGAUACAGGAGAGUUUGCGAUGGAGAAGAACUACCUGCACAUCUGGCCGAGGCACACCUUUAUGAUGAUAGCGCUGCCCAACCAGGACGCAUCCUACACUGUCACGCUGUUCAUGCCCUUCAGUAUGUUCGAGAAGCUAAAGACACCCGAAAAACUACUCCAGUUUUUUGAAGAGCAGUUUCCGGAUUCAAUUCCACUCAUUGGAAAGGAGAAACUGGUUACGGAUUUCUUCAAAACUCCACCAUCUGCUCUCGUUUCCAUAAAAUGUAAUCCCUAUCAUGUGGACGACAAAGCCCUCAUUAUUGGAGAUGCAGCUCAUGCUAUGGUUCCUUUUUAUGGGCAAGGAAUGAAUGCAGGGUUUGAAGAUUGUGAAAUAUUAUCCGAGUUACUAGAAGCCUAUUGCUAUGAUUUAAAACGAGUUCUUCCAGCAUUUACAGAGCGUCGGCAUCAAGAUGCAGUGGCCAUCUGCGAUUUAGCGAUGUAUAAUUACACAGAAAUGAGGCACCUUGUUACAUCAAAAACCUUUUUAUUCAGGAAAAUGGUGGAUGAGCUUAUUUUUACAGUUUGUCCUAAAGCCUGGAUGCCUUUGUAUACAAUGGUUACAUUUUCGAAACUACGAUAUUCCCAUUGCAUUUCUAGGAAGCAAAUGCAAGAUAAAAUUCUAUGGACCGCUUUAUGGUCUCUUGCUAUUAUUGGAUUUUCCAUCAUCAUUGCCAUAUUUACCAGAAUAUAGAUUAACUGCCAAUUUAAGAUAUAUUUUUUUUUCAUAAAUGUUUACAAAUUUUAAUAAAAAAGAUAUACAGUUUUGUUAAACAUGUAUUCAAAUAAAUUUUAUAUUGUUUUGUAUAUAUAAUUAAUAUCGUCGUUGAAAUAAAUUGUUUAUUUAAA